AGAGUGGCACAGUAUAACACCAUAAGCUCAUCUACACACAACACACUCAACUCAACAUAUCAGAGAGAGAGAGAGAGAGAGAGAGAGACAGAGAGAUGGGGAGUGGAGAGAUAGUAGCGGUGAAUGGAGUAGGAGGAGAAGUGGAGGAUAUGCUGAGAUGGGUAGAAUCUUCUACACCCUCAUCUUCUUCAUCAUUCUCUGCUUCUGCUUUGGCUUCAUCAUCAUCGUUGGAUAUUGGAUCAUCAAAUCAUCAGAAGCAGUUGCCUCUGCUGUCGUUGAACCACGUGUCAUUCGUUUGCAAAUCGGUGGUCAGAUCUGUUCAGUUCUACGAGGAAGUCUUGGGAUUCCUCCUCAUCAAACGCCCCUCUUCCUUCGAUUUCGAAGGCGCUUGGUUGUUCAACCAUGGAAUUGGCAUCCAUUUGUUGGAAAUUGAUGAUGUCCCAACCAAGAAAGGUAGGAUUAACCCAAAGGACAACCACAUUUCAUUCCAAACCUCAGACAUGGGAUUGAUAAUUCAGAAGCUGGAGGAGAUGAACAUUGAGUACGUGACGGCGGUGGUGAAGGAAGGAGGAGUGAUAGUUGAUCAACUCUUUUUUCAUGAUCCAGAUGGGUACAUGAUUGAGAUUUGCAACUGCCAAAACCUACCAGUUCUUCCCCUUUCCCCAUGCCCCCUCAAGAAGUUGCCUAGUCCCACUACCAACCAAGUUGCCUCCUCCUAUGGAAAGGUUUUCUCAAAGAUGCAGUGCUCAGGAGAGGUAGAGGCUUUGAUGAUGGAGUCCUUGGCAGUGGACAUGAUGGACAUUUCAUUUUGAGAGCUUUUAAAACUUCAAAAGAGAGAGUGAUUUAUAUAUAUGGAAUAUAAUAAAUGCAAAGUUUUGAAACAAUGUUUUUAUGUACAGUUUGUGCAUGGAGAGAGAGAGAGAGAGAGAGAGAGAGAGAGAGUAUGAACUUUGCCUUAAUUGAUUUGAUUAUUGUGUGUAAAGUUGUUGGCUUGUCUUUGCUUGUUAUUGUCCUCUUGGUUGUGAGUGGAAAAAAAUGCAUGUACGUGCCUAUAUUUAUUUGUUA